AUGGCGAAGUGUUGGAAUGUUGUACAUUGUAGUUGCGCUGAUAUACAUCUUGCAGAACUGUCUAUCUUUGUGGGCGGUUGUUACGGCAUCGCCUCCAGUUUAUUAAAGCGUGCUUUUGUACAUGCCGUGUUAUUCGAAUCGCACGAAGCCAUCAAGACCCACGACUUCAAGAAGUCAACCCCGCAACGUGAGCGUUAUUAUCCCUAUAGCAGAACAACAAAUAGCGACGGCUCGCUUGUCUUGGGGUCUACGAGUGGCUCAUACUGGUAUUCCCAAUUCGACAACAGCGGAUGCUACAACGCGAACACGGUGAACGCGACGGGCAUUCAGCUUUCCGUUGCAGCUCCUGCCGGCACCACAUUCCGCGUCACGAUGCGCUGGAAGAUAGACGAAGAGUGCACCACACUCUCGCCCCCGUCCUCCGUCCCCAUAACUUCCUUCGUCACAUUCACCAGCGCCGACGCGUACCAAGUCGCACAGAUCCCUUUUGCCGACUUCUCCGGCAUGAACACCAGCAGGCUCGACAGCGUCGCACUCUCGGCGUUCAACCCCUCUGACGUCGACGUCAAAGUCGGUUGCACCAGUCUGAUCAACGUCGCUGCCACGCCCUCGCUUCAAACAUGCAAUUGCCCUGACGACGCGUGGCUGAAUUACUGCACACCAGGCGUCGCAAACCGCAACAACCGCGGCUACGUCCAAAGCGACGACGGCACCAUGGAAGUCGCACCCGUCGUCACCGACGGCGCUUUGGUUCUGCAACCCAGUAUAACAGGCUCAUACUGGUACUCGCUCCAAAACUGCGCCGACGUCCCCGCAUCUCAGUACCUCGUUCUCAACGUGACGGCGAGUGCGGGCGCAAGCUUCAACGUGCAAUUGCAGAGUGGCGGGUUUGGCUGCCAUGGCCAGACGGCGAUACAGAGACUGAGUGUUGCGACUUGUGCUGAGGAUACCGCUGAGUGA